AUGCCUAGUCUUGUAUCAGUGAAAACAUCUCCAAACGCUCCAUCGUUUCAAAUUCUCGUUCCUGCCGGGGAUUGGCAGUCACAACAAAGCCGUGUUAGGGUGGAUCAGAUCCCUGCCUGGUCUCCUCCGCCUCAGGGGGCUUACAAGCUUAACUGCGAUGCGUCUUUCGAUCAGGACUUGAAGAGAAGUGGAGUGGGUUUUGUCAUUCGUGAUCAUCUCAGCAGGAGUUGCGUUGCGGUUUCUAGCCCGGUGGUCUUUGAGGAUAUCCUUGUUGGGGAGGCUUUGGAGAUCUGGGAGGGGCUGUUGGAGGAUGUUUCUGAGGGGACUCUUUCCAUUGUCGUUGAGAGUGAUAAUCAGACUAUUAUCUCCUACCUUCUUGAUCCUUCAAAAUCGCCUGAUCUUAGAAUACUGCCUAUUUUGGAGGAUAUUAGGCAUAUUUCUUCUUAUUUGGAUGAUUGUAUCUUUUCUUUUGUUCCUAGGUCUGUUAAUUCAAUAGCAGAUAGCCUUGCCAGGAGGGCCCUAUCCGUUUCGGGAAGGAUGGCUACAACUGGUAACUUCGCUACAGGUCGCCUUCUGGGCGAAGGAACCGUAGGACGUGUUUAUAGGACAAAAUAUGCAGAUGGGAAGAUUGGAACAAGCAAUGUUCCUGUAGAAUUUGUAACACAACAUAUGGAUCUAAUUAUUGACAUGAAAAAUCUACUAGAGAGUAUCCAUUGGAAGGUGUCUUCUUACGGUCUCAUCUGGACGAAUAUGAUAUGUAGGACAGAAGCUUGA